AUGGCCUGGUUCUUAACCCUACCAACUGGUGUUAUAGGCCCCGUGCCUGCCGUGACGGUCGCGACUCAGAUGCUGACAAUCUUCCCAUCCAUCCGCUUCAGCCUCAUGGCUGGCAUCGGGGGCGGAGUCCCGAGCCAGGCGGAUAUCAGACUAGGCGAUGUGGUGGUCGCCAAACCGAGCAAGGACCAUGGCGGCGUCGUGCAAUACGGCUUCCCCGGGACCAUGCAAGAAUGCACCUUGGAGAAGACUGGGAUGCUCAACAAGCCACCCCGCAUUCUCCUGACUGCUCUCUCGAAGCUUCAAGCUAUCCACCUAGUAACCGGCAACCGGAUCCAGUGUCUCUUGUCUGAGAUAGAGACCAAGUACCCCCUUCUUGCUGCGACUCUAAGACCCCCGUAUCAAGAUCGCCUCUUCCGCUCUGACUACCGCCAUCCCAUUCCAUCGGACAAGGCCUGCAGUGCCUGCGACGUAACUCAACUUCUGCCCCGUACCCUGCGACACGAGAAGACACCCACCAGCCCCCAUAUCCACUAUGGCCUCAUUGCGUCCGGAAACCAGGUUAUCAAAGACAGUAGAAUCCGCGACCACCUCGCGCGCCAGUCUGGAAUCCUGUGUUUCGAGAUGGAGGCUGCCGGGCUGCUGGAUAAUUUCCCCUCCCUUGUUAUCCGCGGAAUCGCAGACUAUGCAGACUCCCGUAAGAACGAUGCGUGGCAGGGAUAUGCAGCUGCGACAGCUGCGGCAUACGCGAAAGAGCUAUUAUGGGUCAUCCCGAUGCAAGAGGUUGAAGAUCAGCCGUUGGCUGUGGGGUUUCCUUCAAAGUGA